AUGGCUUCCAAACUGUCCGCCCACGGCUACGUCUCCUCCAACGACAGCAAGUUGUUCUAUGAGACUGAAGGAAAUUCCAAUGGGCCUGCAAUCUUGUUCAUUCAUGGUCUAGGCGGCACGACGAACGCCUUCCAGCCUUUUAUCCCCGAUCUCCAAGACUAUAACAUUGUGCGCUUUGAUUGGUCUGGCCAUGGCCGAAGUUCUACGCCAGAGACGACGAGUAUCGACUCUUAUGUGGGAGAUUGUCUCGCUGUUAUGGAGGAGUUGAAACUAAAGGACGUCAACGUCGUUGGCCAUUCAUUAGGUGGCUUGAUUGCUUUACACCUCGCAGCCAAGGUCCCUGAUCAAGUGAAAAGUCUGGUCUUGUUCGGCCCAGUCAGUCCACCUCCGGAGGCUGGCCAACAAGCAUUAGCAGGUCGUGCCAAAGCUGUUCGGGAAAACGGGAUGGUCGGAAUUGCCGAUACUGUGGUUGGGAACGCUUUCGCUGCCGAGUCGUACCAGUCAAAGAGAGGCGAAGUGGCACUGGCCCGGGAAAUGUUAACGAGACAGGAUCCUAAAGGUUAUGCUCUAGCUUGUGAGGCAUUGGCCAAGAGUCAGGCUGCUUCUUGGGACCGCAUCAAGGCGCCAGUUGUGGUUGUGUCAGGCAAGGAAGACAAAGUUUCCACCGUUGCAGCCGGUGAGACGACUACCAAGAAUCUCGGGUCGAAUGCGAAGCAGACCGUCCUCGAAAGUGUAGGGCACUGGCACAUGCUGGAAGCUACGCAAAAGUCGAUCGAGAUCAUCAAGAGCACAUUCUCAUAG